AUGAAACUGUUCAUUCUGUUAGCAAUUUUCGGGGUUUCGGUACUGGAAUCCUCCAUUACCGGACCACCACAAAUUGUUCGAUUCACUCGUCACCGUGGACCAUUCCAUUCGUUUGGAACGAAACCACCACCAGUUGGUGAAUCUCUUGUCAAAGUCCAGCAUUCCGAAAAAAGAAUUGGUGAAAAAAUUACAAUAGAAAAAUUUCAGCCAACUUUUUACAAACAUGCCAAACCAUUCACUAUCAAUCCAUGGGGACCAUUAUCUCCUUACAUUCAUUACAUUAAAAAGUCUUUAAAUUUGGAUGUAACUAAAAAACCCCCCAGAAGUGGUCUAACACCAAAAGAAGAGGUCCGUCAAGAAACUUUAGAUUAA